GGUCAUCUUUUUAGGGCCCUUUUAAAGGGGGUGGUCAGACACAGCACGCUUUGCUUGUUGAGCUGAACAAUCCAGCGUUUUAUUUAGGGGACGAGGGCCGGGGGGUUGCGUGCGUAGUGCUCUCAAAAUUCCAUUUUUUUUCCCUGUUCUGGGUUUUUCGGGCAAAGGGAAUCUUUAUCAUCUUCUGUUCCUCUCACUUUCCUCUUGCCCCCCCUUCUUCUUCAUCUUAAAAAAUCACCUUUCCUUUACAAUAUACCAUCCUAUCUCGCAUAAAGAUAAGAGGGAGAGGGAGAGGGAGAGGCCACUAAGCGUGCCAAUAAUUUAAACCAAAGCGGUGUAUCAUUCCUCCCUAUCGUAGCUCUCUUUACUUGCUUUUGGGAGAGUGUUGAUCAUUAUUAGUGUUUUUUAAGCUUUUGGCCUGGUGGGGUUUUUGUAUUUUCUUCUGGGGUUGGUUAUAAGAAGCUGAGAGAUGGGUGGUUUUUUCAGUUUGUGCUCCUGGUGUUUCCCUCGAGUGGUUUGAGUCUCUUGUAAGGCUGUCUCGUUCUUGCUACCUGGUUAAUGCUUUUGGCUGGUUUUGAGGAUGUGGGUCUUCGUGACUCUUUGCUCUGGCUGAUUACCUACAAUUCCUAGGAUAGCGAAACAAGCACUUUUCCCCCCUCGUUCAACAGGUCACUUUAAGUUUCUCUUCUGGGUGGUAGCAUAUGGAAGGAGUUUCAGGAAAUGGGGUGGCCAAUCCUCAGCUGCUGGAUUUGAUGCCUAAUAAGAGAGAAUGGCACGUGAUGAUUGAUGGAGCCAAAGCUCGUGGUUCUUCAGAAGAGAAAAAGCUGGAGCUCAGGCUCGGUCCACCGGGCACUGAUGACUGGUGCAACCUAAAACAGGACAUGAACAACAAGAGAAGGGACGAGGCUCUCCUUCCCUUCGGCCACUUCCCUUCCAUGGCCUCCACACAAAUCGCCACCAACAAUGGUGGACACCAAGCCCGCAAGUUUGGCUCCUCAGAAGCUCUGGCAUCUCCAUGGCCUGGUACAAGUUACAAAGAGAAUUGCCAAAAACUGCAAGACCAAGAGGAGAUGAAGCCACCCAGGCCAUAUUACCCGUUCCCAUCGACAAUCUCUCAGAGCAAGAACUUGCCUUUCUUGCCAAAGGAGACUUCACAGCCCAACUGCAACAAUAAAGGGUUGAACUUGCAAGAUUCAGGAAUGAAGAAGGCGUUUUCACAGGCCUCUGCCUCUGCCUCUGCCUCUGCUGCAAAUACAGCUGUUCCCUCUGUCUCUCAGAAAAGAACUGCGCCUGGUCCAGUGGUUGGUUGGCCUCCAAUCCGUUCAUUCAGGAAAAAUAUAACCAGCGGCAGUUCCACCAAACCAUCUCCUGAGCCUCAGAAUGAGACCCCAAGCAAGGUUGGCAGGGAAGACAAACCUGUCGAAACCUCUGAAAAGAAGGGCAUGUUUGUGAAGAUCAACAUGGAGGGUGUUCCCAUCGGAAGGAAGGUUGAUCUUAAAGCCUAUGAUAGCUAUGAGAAGCUCUCAUCUGCUGUUGAUGAACUCUUCAGAGUCCUCCUUGCAGCCCAAAGAGAUUCCUCAGCUGGUGGAAUCAACAAGAAGCAAGAGGAAGAGAAACCAAUUACAGGGGUAUUGGAUGGGAGAGGGGAAUAUACUCUUGUUUAUGAGGAUAAUGAAGGAGACAGGAUGCUUGUUGGGGAUGUGCCAUGGCACAUGUUUGUAUCCACCGUCAAGCGAUUGCGGGUGCUGAAAAGCUCUGAAGUUUCUGCACUGUGCCUUGGCACCAAGCAUGACAAGAAUAGCCUUGAAAUGAAGGAGUAAUCAGAGGAUUUUUUCAUGAAGGAUUUCCUGAGGAAGAGAAAGACACCAUCUGUGUUCCAUCUUUUGACAUUUGACUUGAGAUCUUUGAUCAAUGAGAAGUAAAAUUAUCUGUGAGCUAACUGUGUAGAAUUUCCGAAGCAAAGUCGAUUCAAGAGGGUCGUUUGGGUUUGUUCUUGUUGCAGAUCCUCUUGGUUUUGUAAAAAGACAGCAGGAACUGGUUUUGGGUUCAUGUAAUAUUGAAUGCUACGUUAUGUGAGAUUUUCAGAUACUCUCCAA